GGCUCACUCUUGCCUUAAGGGUUAGUGGCGUCGCUGAAGCUUUACUACUUCUCUUUAGAGAGCCCACCUGGUAUUGUUUUCCAUCAACUGUUUGACAGUUUCUUCUUUUUUUUCUCUUUUCUACACACUCUCUCUCACGCUCAUAAUUGUCGUGAAAUGGUCUGGGGUUUUGUUACUUGCGGUCCUAAUGAGGCCUUGGUUGUUUCAGGAUGCUGCCACAGGAGGCCGUUACUUGUUCCAGGUGGUCGGGCCUUCGUUUGGCCCUCAGUUCAGCAAGUUCAGCGAAUUUCGUUAAAUACGAUGACGUUGAAAGUCGAAAGCCCAGGAGUCUACACAAGCCAAGGAGUCCCUAUAUCCGUGACUGGAAUUGCUCAGGUUAAAGUACAAGGGCAAAACGAAGAAAUGCUAUUGGCUGCGUGUGAGCAAUUCUUGGGCAAGGCCGAGCAAGAAAUCCGCCGAGUGGCUUUGGAAACUUUAGAGGGACAUCAACGCGCCAUCAUGGGUUCAAUGACUGUCGAGGAAAUCUACAAGGACCGAAAGAAGUUUAGCCGCCAGGUCUUUGAAGUUGCCUCAUCUGAUCUAGUCAACAUGGGUAUCACCGUCGUGAGCUACACACUGAAAGACGUUCGUGACGACAUGGGCUACUUGAAAGCGCUCGGAAUGGCGCGGACUGCGGAAGUGAAGCGAGACGCUCGCAUCGGAGAAGCGGAGGCCCGAGCCGAUUCGCAAAUUAAGGAAGCCAUUGCCGAAGAAGAGCGUCUCGCCGCCCGCCUUGUCAACGACAUCGAGAUCGCCAAAGCCCAGCGUGACUUUGAGCUGAAAAAAGCAGCCUACGACCAAGAAGUCCAAGCUAAAAAAGCAGAAGCCGAACUCGCUUACGAACUGCAGGCGGCCAAGACGAAGCAGCGACUGCGCGAGGAGGAGAUGCAAAUCCAAGUGGUGGAACGCGUUCAGCAGAUUCUUGUCCAAGAGCAAGAAAUCUUGCGGAAAGAAAAGGAGCUGGAUGCCAAAGUCCGUCGACCGGCAGAAGCCGAGAAAUUCAAGUUGGAGAAGCUGGCUGAUGCUCAUCGUCAGCGCGUCAUUUUGGAAGCCGAAGCCGAAGCCGAGGCUAUCCGCCUCAAUGGAGAAGCCCAAGCUUAUGCCAUCGAAGCUAAGGCUAAAGCGGAAGCCGAACAGAUGAGCAAAAAAGCUGCUGCGUUCAAGGAGUACCGCGAGGCGGCCAUGGUCGAUAUGCUACUCAAUACGCUGCCCAAGAUGGCGGCUGAAGUGGCGGCGCCGAUUGCGCAGGCCAGGAAAAUCACGAUGAUUUCAUCAGGCGACGGAGAAGUCGGCGCGGCAAAAUUGACUGGCGAAGUAUUGGAAAUCAUGGCCAAGGUUCCGAAUCUAGUGAAAUCGCUCACUGGCAUCGACAUGGCUCAAUCUAUCCGAGCUGUGUAAGCCGAUCCACCGGUCCGUGGACAAAGACAGAAACCAUCAUUGUCUCUUCUCAUCUUCGUCGGUAAUCUCUACCAGCCAAACUGCUUUUUAUUCCACAUUUUCCCGAGUCGCAAUCUCUUUUCUACAGAAAAAUCUCUGAAAAACAGCUUUCGAUGUUUAUUUCCCCUCUCUGCCCUCAAAAAAAAAAAGAAGUCUCUUACUAAAUGUGCUAGCUUUAGAUCGUGUAUGUGAGCAAUAGCGGAUUUCAGCAGUCCAAUAAUUUUCUUUUUCGCUCCAAGUUGGCUCGAUUUGUCACGGAAAACAAUUUGCUUUUUAUUAAAGAAAGAAUCGUUUGCCUUUUUACAAUUUACUAGUCUUUGAUCAUGCGACAAUGUUCUUCUUUUGUUUGUCCGUUCUUUCGUUGUUCCCUUCUCGUCGUUUUGCCUCUUCUCAUUUUGGACCAUAUGGAAACCUGAAAUGGCCCUCCGUCAAAACAGAAUAUAUGUGUAUUUCACUUCCA